ACUAGUUUGGUAAAUGAUUAUUACCUUCUAUUGUUUACAUACAAAUUAUUUCUUUUCUCUUCCUACACAACAUGACAAAAGAACGUUGCACAUGUUAUUCUGUUUAAUCCUUAUGUUAGCGCUGGGUAUAAACCAAGCAAUAGCUUGUGAAAAUGGCUGGUUCGGCGAGUCAUGUAACCACCUAUGUCGCUGCACUGAGUGUGAUAAAAAUGCCCUAUGUGAGCAGCCCAAACAACGAUGUCAUGCAAGCUGGUUUGGACCUUACUGCCAGUACUAUGACAUUGCAGUCAAAGGCGUGCACCAGAGGCGAAUGAGGGACAAUGACCAGGACACGUGUGAAAUAUUUGUUCGCAGGGAGACAGUUGUGGAGUUCGUCGAGCCUGUCUACUUCACCUGGAUACGAGUUCAGUUUGAUGAAAUAGUGAGAAGAGCACCGAUAUUCACGUUCAGAUUUUCUCACGAAGACUACAAAAAGAUCCGGAUUCUAAAGGUCGACCCCUACACUUAUGAUUAUUUCCUUGACAUCGCCCAGACAAUCAAGAAAGUCCGAAUCCAAUGGCGGGAUAUUGAACUGAGUCUCUGCACGCUGAAUAUUAACGGAGGUCGAGACUUAGCAGUAGGCAGAAAACUAUUGAUGUCAAGUAUUAACGACAGAGAAAACAUAAUCUCUUCGGUCACUGUUGACCCACGCCAAUGUGUUCGCACCUACUACAGCCAAGACAGAAACUCCAGCUUUGAGCUCUUGCUAGAUGCACGCUUCUUUGUGGAGAAAAUAUCUCUCUGGAACGAACAAGAUCCUUUGUCGGAAAGAGUAGACUAUUUUGAGAUUCGGUGGCUCUACAGGAACCUAACAGAGGCUUUCUACUCUUUGAAGGUCACCAAAAACGAAUACGAGUUUCUCCUGCCGGAGAGAGCCGUCUUAUCGUCCGUUCGAGUCCGAAGUUUUGCUCUGAAAAAGGACAGGAAGCCACGGUAUCUUACGUCUUGCGACUUACACGUUUACGGUGAUUGUGUCGCAGAGAACUAUGGGAUCGACUGUGAAAAAAGGUGCAGUCUGUCCUGCAUGGAGCGUGAUUGUUAUAUCAAUGGGAUUUGUAGGAAAUGUCGGCCUCACUGGACCGGUGCGCAUUGUUUAGAUGCUAUGAAUUCUAGGUCAGACAUAACUGUGGAGGAAAAGUCCGUUAAUCUUGAUACCAAUGACACGCUUACAACUCUACAAUACAGUGAACCAAAAAAAGUCCCAAUGCAUUCUAGAAGUUUCGGUUCGCUUUGGAAACUCUUCGUGGUUCUCCUGGUCUUCAUCAUGACGCUUAUCUAUUUCUGCUUUUGGCUCCUGCAGGACAAAAAGCAUCAAGACUACAUAAGAAAAGUUUCUCAAAACUAUUUUAGUAAGUCGAGAACAGUGUCGGUAGAUAGCAAGGUCAGCGCUGAGGAAGGAUGAAGAGUUUACUCGAUCUAAUGUUUAUGUUUAAAAUAUGUAGAUCUACGGGUUAAAUAAAUACUGUUAGUAAUACA